CAACUACCGCUCCCUCUUCACGCCUCCAUAAUUUGGACUCUCCUCCACGGUAGUUGAAAUUCUCUCAGAUCUCCGCCGCCGUUCUUCGUUCCUCUGCUGCUAUGGCAGUGGCCGCCGCUUCUUCAGAGACGAUCGAUCCUCCAAGCGUAAUGGACCGCUCUCCUUCUCAAUCUCCGUCCGACGGAGCUGCCGAACCUUCCAACCUCUCUUGCUCCGCCGGCACUCCUGAUCGCAACGAGCCUUCAAAUUCUUCUCCAAACCCUAACAGAGAUGUUGAUGUUCAGGUUCUACUUGUAUCACUUAGUUUUAUCUUAUUUAUAUAUAUUUACGAAUCAUAGUUAUGUUUGUUUAUAUCUGGAUUAGGCUGGAACCAUUGUCUGGCAUUUGGAUAGCAAUAUAUAAUAUGGACAUGGCUUCCAGUUAGUUGUAUUUGCUCAUACACAAUUCUUGAUGAUUUCUUCAUAUGGAUCGUUGGCCAAA